AUCACAACUAUGUCACAAAACGACCCCAAUUCUCGAUCAAAACCCUAAACCCUAUUCUCGAUCAAAGCCCUAAACCCCAAAUUACCCGAAACCCUCAAUCAGCAGCGCAUGACGAAGCGCAAGAGAUGUGCCACUCACAACAAUGUGAGCAAGAUGCUCUGCGUACAAGACGUGAUCGAAUGGGAGGGCUCAACAUUCUAUUACGUAAGGAAUCGGCGCGGAAUUGCUCUAUUCAAACAAGCCAAACCCUUAUUACAGCAAUACGAUCGGGACGUAUUAACAGCAUUGACGCACCGAUGGAUAAACAAUGAAACUUGUCCAUCGUUGAGUACUAAAAAUGUAGGGAUCAGAGACAAUAAGGCCUUCCUCCCUUUGGAAGGUCUGAACGGUCGCAGAGAUUAUCCAACCCUUUAUCUGGAGUAUCUCAUUGAUGUUCAUGGUACAGACGGUGAAUUUAGGGCACGGGAUGACCUGUACCAGAAACUGAGGCAGCCUAUGUUUCUGAGCGCCUUCAAAAACAUAUAUUUCCACCCUUUCCACCAAGGUGAGGAAGAACUCUCAGACUUUCCUGCCCGUGUUGUGGAGAAUUUGAAGUUCAGAAAGGUCCAGUAUAGGUGUAAGGGACAGAAAUGGAUCAAGGCGUAUAAUCACUGGGAAGGGAGGUUCUAUGGAAGGAGGAUCGAUCUUAUUGAAACUGUAAUGGUGGACCUUCAGCUUCUAAGAGUGUAUGUGAAGGGCAGUUACAAAAAUACUGCUGCUAAAGAGGCUGCACUAGUAAGGAAUAUCAUCCUUCACCUCAACGAACAAAAGAUUAAGGUUGACACGGAGAUCUAUGACAAAACAGAGAUGUUGGAAAUCAUUUAUGAUCACUUCCCGGAUAUCAACUUCAUGCUGUUUGAAUUUUGCCAGUAUUGUGGAGUCGAUUUGGACUUCACAAAACUGCGCAAAUUUUAUAAAGCUUGAAGGCCUCCCUAACUUAUUGGGAUAGUUAAUUAUUUUUAAAAGUGGCCAAGCUCGCUCCAGACAUUACCAAUAAUUGACAACUUCUGUGCCCUUUCGCCAAGGUUUUUUUUUUCUUCCAGCUGCAAUAUAUAGCAUCCGGCAAUCAGUGAGGUUAACACCAGGACUUCUGGCAUUGAUGAACUUUCUGUAGAUACCAUGGAUUGCUCAGAACAAUCUGAGAGCUCAGUUGUUAAGGGUAAGUCCAAUUCACAUUCCUUUUAAGGAUAUACUUCUUGUCAUGUCAGAUUUUGUUGAUAUCUAGUUGCGUAGACUCACUCAAGUUAGAUAUGUUUUUGUUAAAAUAUCUUUUUGUGGAUAUGACUUUAAUUGUUUCCUUUAGAAUUACAAGGAAGGUAACUUACCUGUAAGCAGUCAGUACUAAACUAUUAAACUACCUGUGAAAUAUAAAGUAGUACUCGUUGCGAUAUCAGGUUCAUGUUUCCGCUUAUUUUCUUUCUUCUACUUUCUCCCCCUUUUGUGUUCUCUGAGCUCAAAAGGGCAACAUGAUAUUAGUUACACCCCAUCCCAUCUGACCCUUACAACACUGACAAACUCCAAGUAUGCAUCUAAAUGUAUAUAGCAAAAACAGAUAGAGGAACAUAGAUCCAAAGGAAAAUAGAAACCUCAUACGUAGUGCGCCUGGUUUGA